CGCGGUCCCUUCCGCGCUCGCCCCGGGCCCGGCGCUCCCCCCGCCCGGUCCGACCGGCACCGACCGAGCGAGCCACCCCGCCAGCCCGACCCCGCCCGGCCGCCACAUGGCCUCCGCGGCCAACCCCGGACAGGCCGGCUCCGCGCCGCCGCUCACCGUGCAGCGCGGCAUCGUCAAGAUGGUAAUGGCUCUGCCCGCCGCCGCUCCCCGGGGCCGCGACCCCACCGGUGCCCGGGGCCGCCCUGGCUCUCGCAGCUCCCCCUCCGAGACGCCCCUCCGCUCCCCGCCUUCCGUCCCGGUGCCCGGGUCCCCCCGCGCCCGGGCAGCGCCCCCGGGCCCCCUCCUGGCGGCCGCCGUUGUCCCGCUCCCCCCGGCGGCCCCGGGACCCCUGCGGGCGGGGGCUGCUGGAGCGGGCAGCGCCCGGGCCCCCUCCCCGUGCCGGGACCGGGGGUUGUGCGGUCCCGCCGUCCCGGGGCUGCCCCGGCCGCGGGGAAGGAGCGGGACGGGCUUCGGGUUCCGCGGGGGCUGGCUCGGUGGUCCCGGUCCGCCGCCGCACCGGAGCCUCCCAGAGCCCCGGGGAGCUCGGGCUUCCCGGCGCCGUGAGCGGCGGCCCCGCGGGGACACGGGACACACCGGCGGGUGCCCCACGUGCUCCGCUCCUUCCUCUUCCCGGGCUGUCCCCGCGGACGGAGCCCCCGCCGUGCCGGUCCCCGCGGGGCGGAGCGGCGAGAUGGGGUCCCUUCAGGGCCCCUUCAGGGUCCCGGUGUGGGGUCCCCCCGUCCCCCCGUGCCAGGUCCCCAUUUGUGUUGUCAGCAGAGUCCCGGAGAGCGAAGCAGAGCAGGAGGGCUCUGGGUCCCUCCCCGGCUCACAUUCACCGCUUUCCCUGCAGCCCUGGGGCUUCCCGGCCCGGGAGUUCCUGCGGAAGAAGCUCAUCGGGAAGGAGGUUUGCUUCACCGUGGAGUACAAGACCCCGCAGGGCCGGGAGUAUGGGAUGGUGUACCUGGGGAAAGGGCCUGUGCCAAUCAAGGGGUUUCGGAGGCUGGCGCCGCAGCCCCCCCACCCCACCCCGGGCGCGCUGUUUGCAGUGUCAAUUUUGGGUCGGGUGUUUGUUUUUCCCUUCCCCGGAAUUGGACUCCCUGAGUUCCCGUCCGUCCUCCCUGUGCCCGUGGAGGGGUCUGAGCCCCCGGGGACGGGCACGGAGCAGGUGGGCAGGAAUCGCUCCGGCACCGAAGCCGCCUCUGUGCUCGGCACGGCGACGACGGUGCUCGUUUGCAGCGGCAGAGCUGACGUGAUGCAGGUGCUGAACGCCGACGCCAUCGUGGUGAAGCUCAACUCCGGGGACCACAAAACCAUCCACCUGUCCAGCAUCCGACCCCCACGGCUGGAGGGGGACAGCGCACAGGACAAGAACAGGAAGCUGAGGCCCCUCUACGACAUUCCCUACAUGUUCGAGGCCCGGGAAUUCCUGCGCAAGAAGCUCAUUGGGAAGAAGGUGAACGUGUCCGUGGAUUACAUCCGCCCCGCCAGCAGCGCCACCGAGACCGUGCCCGCCUUCUCCGAGCGCACCUGCGCCACCGUCUCCAUCGGUGGGAUGGGCUGCAAGAGCUGCAAUUCCCUUCCCUUAAUCCAGGGGCUGGGAAAGCUUGUCCGGGCUCUCCCGGCGGGCACGAGGAUGACUCCGGCUCUUCCCGCCGCAGCAGGCGCUGACUCCCGGUGCUCCCUGUUUUCCAGGGCUAUCAAGAACGGGAAGGGACUGCACAGCAAGAAGGAGGUGCCGAUUCACCGGGUGGCCGAUAUCUCCGGGGACACGCAGAAGGCAAAGCAGUUCCUGCCGUUCCUGCAGCGCGCCGGCCGCUCCGAGGCCGUGGUGGAAUACGUGUUCAGCGGCUCCCGCCUGAAGCUCUUCUUGCCCAAGGAAACCUGCCUCAUCACCUUCCUGCUCGCAGGCAUCGAGUGCCCACGGGGCGCCCGGAACAUCCCGGGGCUGACGCAGGAAGGGGAGCCCUUCAGCGAGGAGGCCACGCUGUUCACCAAGGAGCUCGUGCUGCAGAGGGAGCAUCUCGCGCUGCCAGGAACUGCUGACCCGCGUCCCAGGGGCUUCGCUCCGCUGCCUCGGCACAUUGCGGAGCCUCCUCGCUGCACCUGCCCGGAAUGGCACAGCAGGGAGGGCCACAUGGAAGCUGAGAUGCUUCCCAGGAAUGCUGCGGCAGGGAGGGCACGAUGCUUCCCAGGAAUGUCGUGGUGGGGAGGCCGCGUGGAGGUCGUGGAUGCUGCGCGGGAAUGUUUUGGCGGGGAGGCCGCGUGGAGGUCGGGAUGCUGCCUGCGGAUGUCAGGGCAGAGAGGUCGCCUGGAACGUGGGAUGCUGCCUGGGAAUGUCGUGGCGGGGAGGCCACGGGAGUCCAGGGUGCUGCGCCUCGGUGAAUUCCUGGUGCCCACACCGAGCUCGGCUCCGGGUCCCGUCCGGGUCCCCACGGUUCCCACGGUGGCCCCGGACAUGUGUUCCCGUCAGCAGCCAAAUCCCUGCCCACCCCCACACCCAGCGGGAUAUUUUUAUCCGGCGGCUCCGGCUGUGCUGACUCACGGGCCGGGAGCCGCCGGUGACGAACCGACCCCGGAUCGGUUUGGGAAGGAGGAGGGCGCUGGGAGGAUCAGGGGCUCAUGGAUAACCCAGGAAAGGACCACCCCCGAG